CUUGGUGGAGGAAGACGCAUUUCGCAGUGUUAAUCUUGAAUCGUGCUUGGGCAAGCCGACAGCAGACCCCAAUUUACAGCAGAACUCAGCAAAGAUCAGCCAUUUCUGGGACGCAAUGGAACCAACGAAACAGCAGGGACGCGGUCGAGGCCGUGGCGAUAAAAAAAACGCUGCUGGUGCUCAACCUAAUUGGAAACAGUCCGGUGGUGGUGAUGGCGCCGUAUCUGGUAGUUCUUCAGCAGGAGCAGUAGCAUCGUCCGUUCCGGCAGGCGGAAGUGACGGCAGUGGAGCUGGAAACGGCGCAAGAGUCAGUUCGUCGAUAACGACGGUGGCAGUUCCGCGUGGCGAGGGCGCAGCACAAGGUGGCCGUGGGGCCAUCAGGAGCAAGCGCUACAUACCAGAGGUAGUAGUAACGCGCCAGGGAGCUAAGAAACAGGGAGUUUCAGGACAAGCUAUUAAGUUGCAAGCCAACUACUUCCGGUUGGUGCGGCAGGAGAAAAGUGCGAUUUUUCAGUAUCGCAUCGACUUUGAGCCUCCUGUGGAGGAUACGGGGCUCAUGCACGCGUUGCUGAAGACGCAGGCACAAGCAUUUGGUCCAUACAUAUACGAAGGCACAAUAUUGUUCCUUUACAAUUGCUUAAAAAAGGACGAGGUGGAGCUGCAAGUCAAAGACGAUCGCACGGGUAAUUUGUAUAAGCUGAGGAUUCGGUUUGUUGGCACGGUGGAUAUGACUUCGGAAGCGGCCAUGAUGGUACUUAACUUAUUGCAUCGCCAGGCAUUGGCAAGCCUGAAGCUGCUCGAGUUGAACCGGCAUUACUUCGAUCCGGUGGCGAAAAUCUCCAUCCCGGAAUUCAAUUUAGAAUUGUAUCCGGGGUACAUAACCUCGAUAAGGCAGCACGAGAAAGAUGUGCUGCUGUGCGUCGAUGUAACCCAUCGUGUGGUUCGUACCGACACAGUCUACGCGCGCAUGGCUGCCAAAGGAAAUAACACGGAGUUCGCAAAAGAAGUGAUCGGCUCCGUUGUCAUGUGCGUCUACAACCAGAAAACGUACAAAAUUAGUGAUGUCGAUUGGAAUACUACACCAUCAUCAACGUUCACCAAAAAAGACGGUACGGCCAUAACAUUUUUGCAAUAUUUCCAAGAUACGUACAACAGAAGGAUUCGUGACCCUAAACAACCCAUGCUGGUGUCGACGCCGACAAUGCGCCAGAAGCGCGCUGGCAUUUUGACACCGAUCUAUCUGGUGCCGGAGCUAUGUCAAACUACAGGCAUAACGGACGACAUGAGGAAAGACAUGCGUUUGAUGCGCACCAUCGCCGAUCACACACGGAUUGGUGCGGACAAACGCAUAGAAAGAUUGGAAAGGUUCAAUAACCGGCUGAAUACUUCGCCGGCUAGCCGUGAAGUGUUCACGUAUUGGAAAACCGAACUGGAUAGGCGUCUCGUAGAGUUACCGGCCCGCGUACUGGGUCAAGAACAAGUAUUUUUUGGUGGAGAAAGGAGCGUGCCCUCUGGUCCGGAGGCAGAUUGGACGCAUGCGUUCCGAGAAAACCGAAUGUUCAAGGCGGUGCCUCUGCAACGCUGGCAUGUGAUAUGUGAGCAACGUAGUGAACGCACGAUCAAUGAUUUUAUUGGCAUAUUGACAAAGGUGUCGGUUAAAUUAGGGUUCCAGAUCGCACCGCCGCAAUUUACAAUCAUUCCAAGAGACCAUAUUAACAUGUAUCAGCAAGCUCUGAGCCAAGUUGUAAAUCAAGAUCCGCAGCUUAUAAUGUGUGUAGUGUCCACCGAUAGUGCCGAUCGCUAUACGGUGAUCAAGAAGAGAUGCUGCGUCGAUCAUGCUAUCCCAACACAGGUCAUCAAAUCGCGCACCAUUACCCCAAAGAAUGGCAAUCCUGGUAGCCUGAUGUCCGUGGGAACUAAAGUCGCGAUCCAGAUGACGUGCAAGAUUGGAGGAAUACCAUGGUUGGUGAAGAAUCCGCUCACCAGUGUCAUGAUUGUUGGAUUCGACGUGUGCAACGAUACGAAGGAUAAAUCCAAGUCUUACGGGGCUCUGGUGGCUACCAUGUAUGCCGGAACCCAAAAGGAACCAGCUUACUUCUCUAGCGUGGAACACCACAGCCGGGGCGAAGAGUUGUCGAACUUCAUUUCGACCAACAUCACGAAAGCUCUGCGCAGCUACCAGAGUCAAUUCGGGCCAGAUGCGUUCCCCCGAAGGGUAAUUAUUUACCGCGACGGCGUUGGCGAUGGACAGCUAACACACGUGGUAGAGCACGAGGUCCAAACGAUAAAGGCGCGGCUCACUGAGGCUUACAAAGCCAGCAAGGAGGAUAUUAAGCCUCAGAUGGCAGUGCUUGUCGUCAGCAAGCGAAUCAACACUCGGCUUUUCAUUGGGAAAAGCAAUCCAAAACCUGGAACUGUUGUUGAUGACGUCAUUACUCUUCCGGAACGGUCGGACUUCUUCCUCGUGUCGCAGUCUGUACGCCAGGGCACUGUGGCGCCCACUUCAUACAAUAUCAUUUUCAACGAGAGUGGCUUGACGAGUGAUCAGCUGCAGGUGUACUCCAACAAGCAGACGCUACUGUACUACAAUUGGUCUGGAGCAGUUCGAGUGCCAGCAGUCUGCCAGUAUGCCCAUAAGCUGGCAUUUUUGGUAUCGCAGUACAUCAAACAGCAGCCACACGAAGCGAUGGAAAAGCGACUGUACUAUCUGUAAGGUAGUUCACGGCUGUAGGUCGCAUUGGGUGCGUGGAGGCGAAAACGAGAAAGCAAAGCCGCAGGUGCCAUUCUUACAUUUGAAUUCGUUUUUGCGUAACUUUAAGGUACGAUCGCGCGUACUCAAAGAGUACUGACAUAAUAUUUUCCAGAAAUAUGACAAUAUUUCACGACUAUUUUUAAAAAUGUCCAUUUCACAAUUCUACUUUCAAAACCUACGAUUCGCUUCAUUAUAUUUUUCCUCAUAUCCGUUAUAUUAUGAUACGUUACCGCAUAUGUACCAGCAGCACCAUAAUAAUCUCAAAUGUUAAGAUUUUGAAAUUUAUAUAUAUAUUUGCAUUAUUUUUCGCACAAUUUGAUUCGCCACUAUAUAUAAGCUUUGCUAAUAGCAUUCGCAGCUAUGAUCGAAAAUUGAAUUUGGGUUUGUUACCGAGGGUACCUAAAACCCCUGCCCUCGAGCAGAACUGAGAAUAAACAUGAAGUAUUUUUUUUAUAUCAAACCAAACCUGUUUGCGACUUCUAAUUCAUUCUUCUUUUUCACAUACGAAUGCUCUCGUAUUCCGUUUUCGUUUUGGGUUUAUACGGUCUUCG